UUUCACUGUAUCGGCGGCAGCAGCAGGAUGGCACUCCAGGGAGUUCUGCUCGCAGUUACUCACAGAAAUUCUUCCAUGGACUUGCAGGACCUACCCUACAGUUUCUGAGUCUGGAAUUGGAAGCUGAUAGGACUAAGGCACAAGAAGAAAAUAAAAGGUAUUUCCUGCUACACAGAGUACUGUACGGAAGGAAGCUUCCCUGUCACAUCUGUCUGCCAUCCGCACAACUCAUUUCCCUUCCAACUCCCUGCCUGCCGUUGAACACAAAGACCUGGAAGAGACUGGCACAUCCUUCAGCGAGAAGAAAGAAGGCGACGAAGCAGAUUAAAGCAACGUGUGGCGUGUGGCCUAUUUUGCGCAGAGGCCACCUUUGGAGGGGAAAGGACACAGAAACCAGCGUGGCAGUGACCGAGCUAUGAGAUGAGGCCGUGCUGCUGACCCCCAGAGCCCGGGAUCGCCAGGCGCCCCUCGUGCUUCGUGUACAUGUGUCUACUCAGCCCCUCCGGAGGCGCCCAGGAAAGACUCCAACACGGCCGCAGGGGAGAGAGCGCCCAACAUGCCCACGGAGACGCUGCAGACAGGUAGCAUGGUGAAGCCGGUCAGCCCGGCCGCCACCUUCACCUCGGCCGUGCCCCUGCGCAUCCUCAACAAAGGGCCCGACUACUUCCGCAGGCCGGCCGAGCCCAACCCCAAGCGGCUCAGCGCCGUGGAGCGGCUGGAGGCCGACAAGGCCAAGUACGUCAAGAGUCAGGAGGUGAUCAACGCCAAGCAGGAGCCCGUGAAGGCAGCGGUGCUCGCGAAGCCCCCCGUGUGCCCGGCGGCCAAGCGCGCCCUGGGCAGCCCGACCCUGAGGGUGUUCGGCGGCAACGCCAAGGCCGAGAGUGGGGUGCCGAGGGAGACCCUGACGCUGGAGAUUCUGAAGAACAUCCUCAACAGCUCGGAGGGCUCCAGCGCGGGCUCGGGCCACAAGCACCCCUCCCGAAACUGGCUGCCCCACCGGGCCGAUGGCCCGGACCUGCACCGCCACUCGUUCGCAGAGUCCCUGAAGGUGUACCCCACGCACGGCCACGGCAGCGCCCCGGAGGGCAGUUCCCACGGCGGCAGACGGCUCCUGGAGCCGUCGGCGGAGUCGUGCCUCCACGUGUCGCACAGCUCGUCGGACAUCCGCAGAGUGACCAGCGGGAAGUCGUUGAGAGCAGCCCCCUGCAGCAAUUCCGCCCCUCCGCUGCCCCCCAAGCCCAAGCUCGCAGCCCUCGCUGCGACCACCAAGUCUCCAGACGCAGACGCCGCCGUGGAGCCCGCCUGCGCCGUCAGCCGGAGACCGUCCCUGCAGCGGUCCAAGUCAGACUUGAGUGACAGGUACUUCCGCGUGGACGCCGACGUGGAGCGGUUCUUCAACUACUGUGGCCUGGAUCCCGAAGAACUGGAAAACCUAGGCGUGGAAAACUUUGCCAGGGCAAACUCCGACAUCAUCUCCCUCAACUUCCGCAGUGCAAGCAUGAUCAGCUCAGACUGUGAACAGUCUCAGGACAGCAACAGUGACCUUAGAAAUGACGACAGUGCCAAUGACCGGGUACCCUACGGCAUUUCUGCCAUCGAAAGGAAUGCCCGAAUCAUCAAGUGGUUGUACAGCAUCAAACAAGCCCGGGAGUCGCAGAAAGUCUCCCACGUGUGACCCUGUGUGCAAAGAGGAGGGGAGGAGGGUGUGUCUGUCUGUGCAUACUCACGUGUGAAGGUCGUUAGGUUCCCUUACAGUCUUGUGAGCUUCUCCAUGCUCUUUGCAGUUGCUUGUUGUGCAAUGUUCCCAAGUUGCAUGCCUGUCAACAGGGGGAUGACAUGGCUCCCACUGGAACCAUCACUGCAGAGCCUGGCUGCACACUCUUCAUCUGCCAAACGUUCCGGAGCAGAAUCUAAGUAGGGCUGCAUUCUUAAGCGAAACUGUUUACAAGAAAUGGUACACGACUUCUUCGAUAUUUAUGUGGUGUUUGUGUUUUUAUAUCUCACGCUAUUGUGUCUUAAUUAAAAGUUUUAUCAACUGGC